AUGUCAAAGUCACCGUUUUUGAACUUGUGGAACCAAACUUUUGUGGUGUCGUAAGAGACAACUGAAGUCCCUACAACACUGCAUAUUUUCUUUGUUGCUCGCUUUGGGCCCUGUUGUCCGCUCUAACAAAAUUGUAAGAACAUCCAAGGUUCCUUUAGCUACAUCUGCGACACCAACGAAGAUCUGGCUAUCGGCCAAUUCAUCUGGGACUUGACUGCCUACGCCCAGUUCAGUCUGGGGCUUCUGAGUCAGACUUCGGUCGAUAUUCUCACCGCUUUGACUUGUGUCACUCCAGCCGAACGUGAGUACUGUGCCUAA